UCUGACAGACAGCAACCAAUCACAGGGUGAGGACAGGCUGAACCGCCUUGCAGUGUGGUGCCCUGAGAGUUGUCAAGGUUUUGAUUGUGGAGUAUCCGAGAGGGGAGCAAGGGCGGCUACGGUUGUACAAUGCCGAAUAAAACGAAAAAAGAUAAGGAGUCUGGCAAAGUGGGCAAGAGUGGAGGACAAGAGAAUUCAGAACAUGAGCAGAGCUCUAACAGGAAGGCUAGCAAUAGUGUUCCUCCCACCACUCAGCUGCUAAAGGGGAAGCAGCCAGGUUCCCAGGCACCUGUCAAAAAGGACAAGAGGCAAAGCUCCUCUCGCUUCAGCUUGAGCAACAACAGGGAGCUGCAGAAACUGCCUGCUUUCAAAGAUGUUCCCCCUGCAGAGCAGGAGAAGCUGUUCAUCCAGAAGUUGCGGCAGUGCUGUGUCCUCUUCGAUUUUGUCUCAGACCCACUGAGUGACCUGAAAUGGAAGGAGGUGAAACGGGCGGCACUGAGCGAGAUGGUGGAGUACAUCACCCACAACAGGAACGUCAUCACCGAACCCAUCUACCCAGAGGUGGUUCACAUGUUUUCUGGGAAUAUGUUUAGGACAUUGCCGCCAUCAUCCAACCCCACGGGUGCCGAGUUUGACCCAGAGGAAGAUGAGCCCACGCUAGAGGCUGCAUGGCCACAUCUACAGAUUGUCUAUGAAUUCUUCCUACGGUUCUUAGAGUCACCUGACUUUCAACCAAACAUAGCCAAAAAGUAUAUUGACCAGAGGUUUGUAAUGCAGCUCUUAGACCUGUUUGACAGUGAAGACCCCAGGGAAAGAGAUUUUUUAAAGACCACACUUCAUCGCAUCUAUGGCAAGUUCCUGGGCCUGCGAGCGUACAUUAGGAAACAUAUUAAUAACAUAUUUUAUAGGUUCAUUUAUGAGACUGAACAUCAUAAUGGAAUAGCAGAAUUACUGGAAAUAUUAGGCAGCAUAAUCAAUGGGUUUGCAUUACCAUUGAAAGAAGAGCACAAGAUAUUCCUGCUGAAAGUUCUGCUGCCUUUACACAAAGUCAAGUCUCUUAGUGUAUACCACCCACAGCUGGCCUACUGUGUGGUACAGUUCUUAGAGAAGGAUAGCACCCUCACAGAACCGACGGUGAUGGCUUUGUUAAAGUAUUGGCCAAAGACCCACAGUCCAAAAGAGGUGAUGUUCCUCAAUGAACUGGAGGAGAUCCUGGAUGUCAUUGAGCCUUCGGAGUUUGUCAAAGUCAUGGAGCCCCUCUUCAGGCAGUUGGCCAAGUGUGUGUCCAGCCCACACUUUCAGGUGGCAGAACGAGCUCUGUACUACUGGAACAAUGAGUACAUCAUGAGCCUGAUCAGUGACAACGCCGCCAAGAUCCUGCCCAUCAUGUUCCCAUCCCUCUACCGCAACUCCAAGACCCACUGGAACAAGACAAUCCAUGGGUUGAUUUACAAUGCUCUGAAACUCUUCAUGGAGAUGAACCAGAAACUGUUUGAUGACUGCACCCAACAGUUCAGGGCAGAGAAAAGCAAAGAGAAAGCCAAAUGGAAAGAGAGAGAAGAAGCGUGGCUGAAGAUUGAGAAUCUUGCAAAGUCAAACCCACAGUUUCUGACGUACAUUGACUCGGCAGGCUCAGACGGUCCGAUGGACAUGGAGACAGACGGGCCGCUGCUAGACGAUGUCAACAUGCUAAAGAAAACAGUAGAGGAGGAAGCCACACAGAUCCAAAAAGAUCAGCGUAGAGAGCGCCCAUUGAUGCGGAGGAAAUCAGAACUCCCAAGGGACAUCUGCACUGUCACAGCCCUGGAGUUGCACCGGAGAGCCGAGGAAAUGUUGACAACGCACGACGGCCACUAAGAGACCACCCCAGAUCCACCUUAAGCCAGCAGCAGCAUCCACAGAGGAGCCACAGGUCCACAGAGGCCAGCACAACAAAAGAACUCUGGUAUCUCAGUCCAGCCCAGCACAACACAGAACUGAACAGUCCCAGCUCCACCUGACACAGGAAAUGUCUCAAACCACACAUCUAAGCCUGGUUCAGCUUUUCGGGACAAGCGGUGCUCGGUCCCUACUGAUCCCCGCCCCCCCUCCGUCUUUUACCCACCUGGUUGUUGUCCAGCAGAGACGUCUGUGGUGCUGGACGGUCCUGCAUGACCACGACAUGCACCGUGCCCUGAACUUCACCCUAGAUACUGUUGUGUUGUCUCAUUUUUCGUCCCUUGUUUUUCUCUUUUCCUGUCCUUGUUGUAUUAUCGGGGUGCUGUGCUGCCCCCUUCUGGUCAUUUUUCUCAGGUGUUCUGUUCUGUGUGUGAGCUGUCGUCUCUUCUUGCCUCUUCUUUAUAGAUGUCAGGUGCUUGUACAAAUAAUAUGAGCUCCCAACUGUAACCUCCACAGAGGACUUCUUUAGUUUCAUUUUUUUAAAAAGCAUCUGUUGAUGAGAAAAUGUCAGUUGUUUCUAUAUAUUUAAAAUUAGCUAUUUUUCUCAUAACAUUUAAACUAAACAGCUGUUUAUAUUUUUUCCUACAUAGUAUUUUAGGAGCUCUUCUCAGAGUAAAACACACUUCCUAUCUGUAUAACUCUUCUGUUUGGAGCUUGCUAUUUUUUCUCAGUUAAUUUUCCAUUAGCUGUGAAGAUUCAUUGAUCCUUCUGUUAAUCAGGACAGGGUCAUCUGGGACUCCCAGCGGAGUGUCUGGAUUAAAAGCGUUACAACACAGUCCUGUUCAUCAAACAGUGCUGGCCUGACAAAGAUCCAGGUUCCAGAUCUUUCUUCCUUUCUUCUCUCAUUAAUUUAGUUCCUUUCUUAAAAAUGAUCUUUUUAAUUGUGUAGGCAAUAAGAUAACACAGGUUGCAGUGUGUGUCGGUGGCUCAAACAAUGGUCAGAUAAUUUGUUAUUACAUGUUUAGAUCCAUUUGAUUGGUCCUUGGGAUGAGUCCAGCCUGAGCCUGGAUUGCUGCACCAGUUACAUGAGAGGGGAUUGUGGGAUUUAUUUUUGGUUGCCUGUUCAUAUCCAGCCAUUGUAGGAGUGUGUUUAACAUGGUCAUUAGCAUUCAGUACAAGUCGCUGUCAUUCAUGUGAGGCUUACAAGAGCUCAGAGAGAUGCAGUUGCUCGUCUGGGAUUUACACGAUGUUGCUGUGUGUUGAGAGAAGUCAAACGGGGGCAGAAACUGUGCUGAUUGUAAUCGCUUUUUCUACUCUUCUAAAGCAAGACCCUUUUAUUUAUAAAACACUUGUUCGAGAUUAGACUGCUUCAUAGAUGAGGUAUGUUUGGUUUGAAGAGGUCAAACAUAAGCCUUUCUUUUCACAGUGCCUUUUAUAGUCUAAGGGGAUAUUUGCUCAACCGAGAAUCGAGUAGUAGCGUGAACUAAAAUGCCAGAUCGUUAAAAAAAAAACCCCUGUAACAUUGGUUUCCAAAAACAGAUCUGCACUUGGCACACCUCCAGCCACUUGGACUCCAGCACAUGCCUUGUAGAAGCUACAAAGUUGAUUUUGUAGUUACAAGCUAGAGAGCAAUGAAGCACUUCCUGAUAAAACUUGAAAGAAAAUAGAACAACUGAAAAAACAAACUGGUAAAGAGUUGAAAUCCUUGAUGCUGUCUGUCUUGGUGUGUGGGGUCACCUCCCCCGGGUGCCAGUCGAUAAGAGCUAGCCUCCACAGGAGAAGAAAUCACUUCCCAUCAGGACUUUUCCAUUCUGUGCCCCCACUGUCCCAUUCCACUUGAGAUUUGUACCAUUGUUUGACCCCUUCUGCCCAGAUGUGCACACUUGCUAUAACACCCCCCCAGUAAAAACCUACUAGCCUGUAGGGCUCGUUAUUUGGACAUCUAUUUGAUCUGCUUCUGGAUGCUUGCAAGUUCUUUUUGUUGAGGUUUUAUUCUUCCUUUGCCUGCAGAACCUCUUGUCAGUAUUUCUACUGAAUGUGCAAAUUGUAAAUAAUACUGCAGUCACGCUGUUCCGUUCUCUCCAUGUUUGUCUUGAAGAACAACAUUCACCAAAGGCUUUUACAAAAACCUCAUCCCCUUCUACCCUGGGUAUUACAGUGGAUUUGAUGAAUGGAAAGUGAUUCCAUCCCUUAAGUAAUCUACAUCCUCUGAUUGUCCUAUGAUUUGUCUGGGUUGUCAUGCAGGAGUCCCAUUGGUCACUGUUGUUCUUCAUGAAAUGGCUUUAAUAUUGGCUUCUUUGGAGCUCUUCCUUUUACAUAAGCUUUGUUUUCUUUUUCUUUGAAAAGAAUGAAGUGUCCUUUAGUAUAUGUCUCAUACUAAACGGCUUCAUCUAAUAUUGUACAUAUAAUGUACUUUUAUUUUAUGUUAUAACUAUUAUUAAAUGGUAGAUUUCAUAUUUUGUACAAAAUACCCCGUGUACAGAAUACAGAGGUUAUUAGCAACUGAAGAGUUGGUAAGUGGCACAGACGUCAACACAUGUGACUAUUUACAUUUAGAAACCGUAUAGGAUUUGGAUAGUUUUUUUAUCUAUUUGUAAACAGACAUCUUUUCCGUUUUUGUUUUUCAUCUCCAGACAUGUGUUGAGAUUCUACAAACAUGAGCUUUUUGUGUGUGCUUUUAU